AUGUUAGAACAGUGUAUUCAAGAAUCAACCUGUAAUGGAAGUAAGCUUUUAACAUUUGACAAUAUUUGUUACCAAUUAAGUACGGAAAAUUUCGUUCCAAAUGGCUACGGUUGCUUGCAUUGGAACGAAGCAUGGUAUGUUAAUACUUCUAUUCUCUCUGGUGUAUCUACAUCAGCAAAGCAAAGCGGUCAAUAUGUUAUAUUAAAUGCAAAUGGAACAAAUAUGCAAGUAGCUGUUAUGAAUAAUUCAACAGAUAGAUUUGAUUUACUUUCAUUUUUUGCAAAUGCAUUUCAAUAUGAUGGCACACAGUUGGUUUUGACUGGUUUACGCUUAAUGACAAAGAUAUACGCGAAGAAUUUUACGUUAAACAAAACACCAGCGGCAACUAUCAAUUUAAACUGGACAAAUUUGACGACAUUCACUUAUCAAACAUAUUUCGGCAGUUUACAAGGGCCGGGUUAUCAAAUUGUUCUAGAUAACUUACUCGUUAAUCUAUAUGAAUUAUGA